AGAGAGAGGAGAGAGAGAGGAGGGGGAGACUCACACGGAGUCCUGCUUUUCUGAGCUGAGAGCUGACGGUUCCUAAGCAGAAAGUAUUAGGAGAAACACAGCAUCUUAUCUCUUUGCUGCAUUUACACAAUGAAAUCACUUCUAUUUUUUAUUCUUGCUAACCGGCCGGUUUUGCUUGAAUCCACUCCGAGCGAUGGACAAUGGGAACAAACAAGUACUUAAAAACAAUUAGAAAAAAAAAAAAAGGAGGAAAAAACCCAAACAAACCCAACUACGCUGGGAUGAGGAUUACUCACUUUAGCGCUGGCUAUGCACUUUGCGACACUUUCAACCCGCCCCACAGCUCCAGCAAACUCAGGGUUGAGCUCCGGGAAGGAAAAGCCACUCUACCUCCACCUAAGAAUUGCACAAAUGCAACUUCCAAGUCCUUUAGCCAGGAAAAGCCCUACUUCUGCACCUGCCGCCGGCUUCCCAAGGCGAGAGGAGGCCUUGAGCCACCCCCGCGCUUCCUGCAUGCCCUAGUUCGGCCCGGUUCGGCUCGACUCGGCUGGCUGCUCGGUCGAUGGGGCCUGCCUGCCGCAGAGACACCGCGUAGCUCCGGGGCCGGGGGAGCGAGCUGUCCCCGCACGGACAGCGAUCCGCUCCCGCCCGCUGCCCGCCGCUGCCUCGCCGGGACGGGCACGGUGGGAACAAAGCCUGUGGGGCACGGCGCGGCCUGGCCCGGCUCCGUCGUGCUCCCGGCCCCUUGUCGGGCUCCAGAGUGCUGCGGGCGGGAGGCUGGGACGACGCGGGACCGGGAAACGCGGCGGUGCCGCAGUGAGGGGGGGGUCGCCUGCCGUGCGGGAAGGGUGACCUCUGGGUGAGCCGGCGAUCAGGCUCCUCUUCCUCGCUAUGACUGUACAGAUUCAUGUGACAUUGAGGCUGGGGAGGUGGGAGGAAGGAGGGGGAGUUGGGGGAGAGGACCCGGAGGGAAGGGGGAGGGAUGAACUUUCUGCCGGGCUCGGCUUUUCACACCUUUCUCUCCCGAUGAUGCGUGAGGACGUUUUGGGAGAGAGUGGCUCUGCGGGGUCCCCUCCGAGCAGGUCCCCCUCGACCUUGAAGGGACCCGGCCGGGCCGCCCGGGUCUGGGAUUGUGCCGGGUUUCAAGGACACGGGAGAUGAUCAGGACUUUGGGAGCCAACAUCUGCCUGGCUGGUGACGUCAGCAACCCCGUGUAAUCCUCUUGUACUGAAGGCAGAUGCCUUAUUUGUUUGGCUGGAGAGGCAUUAAUCCCUAAUUCUGGAGCAGCAAGCGAGGGGGAGAGACCGGACCGCUUCCUAUCCCCCGAAAGCAACUAGCGGCACUCUCCUUCUCUCCUGCUCUCCACGGCUCCGACUGGGCGGAGGAGCCGUCAGCCCCCGGCAGGCGGCCGCACGCAGGAGCUGUGGUGCCGAGGGGGGUCGGAGCCGUCUGCCCAGUUUGCCCCCAGAUGCCCCG